AUGACAUCCCAAGUUGAAGACGUACCAAUCAAUGAACUUGAAGAUUUUGAAGCUUUCUUAGAGCAUGAUUUCAAAGCAGAACAAUUUGCCAAUGAGUUAAUAAUAGCUACUAAUGGACACGAUAACCCAGAAUUGGAUCUAACUACACCAAUCAAAAAAUUAACAUUUGAUAUAGAUGAAUGUGAUAAAAGAAUAUCCAAGAUUUCUUCUUCUAAUUAUGAAUCAUUAAUUUCUAAUUUUCAAAAAAUUACAGAGUGUAAACAAAUUUUGACUAAUCAAUUGAAUCCAAGUUUAGAACGAGUCAAUGCACCAUUUCAAAGAAUUAAAAAAGAAAUUAUUGAACCAUAUGAUGAAGCUGUGAAAUUAAAUAAUGCAUUGAAAAAAAUUCAUUUGACUUUGGAAUUAUUACGUAGUACGAGUUUUUUCAUUUUUAUUAUUCAACAAAUUGAAGAAUUGACAGAUUCUUUAAAUGAUAAAGAUUUGGUAAGAUUAGCAAAAUUACAUAUCCAAAUUAAGAAUUUAUAUGAAAAUGCUAGUAAAGAAAAGAGUAGUGAGGUAAAUGUAUUGUCUAUUAAAAUCAUUCGUGAUUAUCAAUCAAAUGCAAUUGCUAAAAGAACAAGUUUAAUUAAACAAUGUAUUAAUGUGAUAAAUGGUGAUUUCAAUCAUCUUUCCACUUUGGAAUAUAAAAACCAAAAAUUACAUUCAAAUUUAUCUGCAUUGUAUAUAUUAGAUAAGAAUGAGUUUUUUGAAGUUUUUGAACGUUCAACAAUUACUCGACAGGUUCAAACAGGUUCUGCUCAAUUAUCCCGAGCGCUACAAUCACCAAGAAAUUUCACCGCUAUAAUGUCUGAAGUCAAAGAAGCAUCAACUGAAUAUUUUGGUAAAUUGACAAAUCUGUUGAGUAAUUGGACCACUGGUAAUGAUGAUAAUGAUGAUAAUGAAAAUUCUACAUUACUAUCUGUUAUUUUGGCAAAAUACAAGGUUGAAGCCAUAUCAGAUUUGUAUUGGAUUCAAUUAAAUCAGAAAUUCAAAAAGAAUAUCGUUGCUUCAAUGGCUAGAGGAGGACCAAUUGCCAAAAACUUGAAAGUAUACUCAAAGGGCAUAAAUGCUUCAGUUCAAGAAAUGUUUAAAUCACGAGCAGAGGGGGAAUUGUUACUAGACUCAUUAGCAAUGAUUGACUAUAAAUAG